CGGUUUUCAGCCUCCUCGGGGAUGCAAUUUGGGAAGCGUAAAUCCAGGAAGCCCACGAUUCCUCCUUAAUAAUGUCCGGUACCAACUACCUUUCCAAGGCGAGGCGUAGGAGAGGACCGGAGGAGCCGAACUCCUAAAUCCCCUCUCUAUCGCUCUCUCCCUCUCCCACUCGUCCUCCUCCUCCUCCGCCUUCUCUCUCCAUCGCCAUCAGGAGCUGGUUGAGAAAGGUAAAACGAACUGCGGUGAAAUAAAAUAAGCAUUUACCGCCCAGGACAAAACUUGUAUUCUACGCCGCAGUAGGAAAAGAUAUUUCCUAUUAUUUAUAAUAUGAGCGAUUCGGUAGCGGACUCGUCCAAGCCGGACGCUGAGGUACCGGCUCCUUCUCCCCCCUCCAAGCCGGACGCUGCCGCCGGCGCUCCCGCCCCUCGUCCUCCUACUGCUCCCGAGAAGGAGAUGGCGAUCGCUCUUUCCCAGGAUCCAGAUGAGAACCCGAACCCUGACGCCGACUCCGAUCCUUCGUGGUUCACGCCCAAGAGACUCCUUGUGAUAUUUUGCAUUAUCAACAUGUUAAAUUAUGUUGAUCGAGGAGCAAUAGCGAGUAAUGGUGUAAACGGCAGUCGUCGCACUUGCACGGAAAGUGGAACAUGCACUUCGGGUUCCGGAAUUCAAGGAGAUUUUAACCUGAACAAUUUUGAGGAUGGUGUGCUGUCAUCGGCAUUCAUGGUUGGGCUACUAGUCGCUUCUCCAAUAUUUGCAACAUUAGCAAAGAGUCAUAAUCCUUUUAGGCUUGUUGGUGUUGGACUGUUAAUCUGGACUAUUGCUGCAGCUGGUUGUGGUUGUUCAUUUGAUUUUUGGUCAAUCACAAUCUGCCGGAUGUUGGUAGGUGUGGGUGAGGCUUCUUUUAUAAGUCUUGCAGCUCCAUUUAUUGAUGACCAUGCCCCUGUCGCUCAGAAAACAGCAUGGCUUGGAGUCUUCUACAUGUGUAUACCAACUGGAAUUGCAGUUGGUUAUGUAUAUGGUGGUCUGGUAGGAAGUCAUCUUCAUUGGCGGGCAGCAUUCUGGGGAGAGGCUAUCCUGAUGCUCCCAUUUGCUAUCCUUGGAUUUAUCAUAAGGCCUUUGAAGCUGAAAGGAUUCACUUCUUCUGAAUCAAAGAAAGCAAACGAUGUUGGUGAAGUGAUUGCUCAAGAAGUUCAAGGUGGUGCUGGCGAGCAAAUUAUUAAACGGGAGACAUCAGCUGGUAACGAGGAUUUAUCUGAUAAAGCAUCUCAAAGGUCAAAUAAUUCCCAGAAGAUUCAAGUUCAGCUUGCAAGAUUUUGGAAAGAUAUGAAAGUACUUUUGCUGGACAAGGUCUAUGUCGUAAAUGUUCUAGGUUAUAUUGCAUACAAUUUUGUCAUAGGAGCUUAUUCAUACUGGGGGCCCAAGGCUGGUUAUGAUAUCUACCAUAUGAGCAAUGCAGAUUUGACAUUUGGAGGUGUCACAAUAAUAUGUGGAAUCUUUGGAACUUUAGCUGGUGGUUAUAUUCUCGAUUGGAUGAACUCUACAAUCUCUAAUGCUUUCAAGCUUCUUUCUGGAGCAACUUUUUUGGGGGCUGCAUUUUGUUUCGGUGCUUUCUGCUUCAAAAGCCUCUACGGUUUCCUAGCAUUGUUUUCGGUUGGGGAACUUCUAGUUUUUGCAACACAGGGUCCAGUAAAUUAUGUAUGUCUUCACUGUGUUAAACCUAGCUUGAGACCGCUAUCAAUGGCUAUGUCCACCGUUUCUAUCCACAUAUUUGGUGAUGUACCAUCUUCACCCUUAGUUGGGUUGUUACAGGACUAUGUCCAGAACUGGAGAGAAAGUGCUCUUAUACUAACAUCUGUUCUUUUCAUUGCAGCUGUAAUAUGGUGUAUAGGUAUCUUUCUUCACAGUGUGGACAGGUUUAACGAAGAAAGUGAGCAUGGCAUUCCUCCUGUUGAGAGAUCGAACCGUAGGCCAUUGCUUGAUGGGAAUAAUGAGACAUUGGAAGAAUCUGCCUAGGGUCCAGAAAGUACUUUGCAAACUGGGCUACUGAUGUUUUAAGCUUUGUCCUGCUGUAGAUCUGUACCGAGCAAUGCGACAGUGCCUAGGAGGCAUGUACAUGAUUUUUUAGAAGGGAGGACCACUCAGAAUUUUAAAUUCGCUCUGGCUCUGGCUGUAAAUGUAUAUAGCUGAAUCUUUAGCUUCUGAGAUUUGGAAUCACUUAUACAAGAGCAGAAAUCCCACCCUCCUUUCUUCAGGGCAAUGAGUGUAUGAAUUUGAAUGACAACCAAAUUUGGAAACAUAAAUUUUAUUUCUAUGCGAGGAUUAUAUUUUCCAAUGCAUCUGCUUUUCUAUUUCUUUUG